CCUGCCCCCCCUACUUCCACUGACUCUGUAAUUGCUCCCAUCCCCCUUUCAUUACAUCCCCAUGGGAACUGAAACUGCCUACCAAUCUUUGAAUCUCUUGAAAACCCCAACCCACCCCUCUUUUUGUUUAUAAAAACAAGAACCUCCUCCAAGAAUUCAAUUCUUGAUAUCUCCAUUUACUUCAUCAACAUUCCAACAACUCAACAUCCCGAUCCUUGCUCUGCUCCACUGCAAUCAUUCAUGCCUCGCUUUACCAGAAUACUCAACACCAAGGCGGCUGAGCCACCAGCUGCGGUGAACCUGGAGUCCGACUUUGUCGUUAUAUUAGCAGCUCUUUUAUGUGCAUUGAUAUGUGUGGUGGGCCUCAUAGCGGCGGCUCGCUGUGCCUGGCUCCGCCGUGUCACCGGUGGCGCCUCCAGUGGACCACCUCCUCAGGCCAAAGCUAACAAGGGUGUGAAGAAGAAGAACCUCCAGCUUCUCCCCAGGUUCACUUACUCUGCUGGAGGUGGGGGCGCCACCACCAGUUUUGGAACAACAGAGUGUGCAAUUUGCUUAGGUGAGUUUGUUGAAGGAGAUGAAGUGAGGGUUUUGCCUCAGUGUGGACAUGGAUUCCAUGUUGGAUGCAUUGACAAAUGGCUCGGCUCUCAUUCCUCUUGUCCCUCUUGCCGUCAGAUUUUGGUGGUGGCUAGGUGUCAGAAAUGUGGUCAGUUUCCUGCUUCCACCUCCUCCUCCUCUUGUGGUGGUGGAAAUGCCACUGAGGUUGAGUUGAGCACUAGAGAAGAUGGCAAUGCCAAUGAUGGUAAUAUAAAUCGUGCCAAUGAUGCAGGCGCUUUCUUGCCUUGACAAACAGAGAGAACAGCUUUGGGUUGUACUGUGAAGCUGCUUAGCAUAACCAAAUUACAGAUCGUAAGCUGUGUGUGUGUGGGUGUGUGUAUAUAUCAGCGAAUUUUAAUGUGCUAUAUCAUUUAGUACAUUUUUUGAAUUUGAAGGCUAAUUUAUCGCUCUCCAUGUCUUCAUUUUGAGCAUUGAUAUAUAAUGGGCUAUGAAGUUUCCAGUUUGAA